AUGCUUUUUGUUUUUUUAUCUUUUUACCUUCUCAUAUUUCAUCUUUCUUUUUCCCUCAUCUUUAUUCUUCUUUAUCGUUAUCUUUUUUCUUUUUUGUUGAUUUCUUUCUUUCUCCUUCUGUUCUUCUCUUUUUUCCUUUUCUUUCUUUUUCUUCCUAUUCUCCAUUUUUUCUUCGCAAUUCUUUCAUUCUUAUUUUUAGUCAUUUCUUGCAUUUUCCCUUCUUUUUUAAUUUAUUUCUCCUCAUUUUUUCUCUUUCUUUCUUUUAGCUUCUUCAUAUCGACCCCGUCUCAUAUUUUCUUUUUUUUUUUUCUUCAUAAUCAUCUCAUCCAUUCCUUCAUUCUUUUCUUCUUUUUAUUCUUUCUUUCUUUUCUUUCUUUUUUCUUUCUUUCUUUCUUUUUUCUUUCUUUUCUUUCUUUCUUUCUUUCUUCAAAUUCGAUUUUGCAAUCAUUAUCAUCGUCAUCACCAAUCAUUAUCACCAUUAUUUUUUAUUAUCUUCUUCUUCUUCUUCUUCUUCUUCUUCUUCUUCUUCUUCUUCUUCUUCAAACCAUUGCCAUGAUUAUCUGUUGCGUCCUUGGGGAUUCACGCUGUUUUCUUCACCAUUUAUUGGGAAGAAUGCGGAAGAAGUUUGGAUAA